CUGAUUUUAUUUAUUUUUUACGCGAAAAAUAUAAAAUAUCAUCGAAUUUCCACAUAAUUGUGUACUCAGAUGUCAUAAGAAAGAAAAUAAAAAAAUUCAGUAAUAAAGUAAACAUGCAACCAACUUAAAUGCAUGUAAAUGCAAAAUCAUGCCAAGACAAGAAUAAGAUUUAGAUUUAAGAUUGUGUAAAAUUCCNCUCAUCGCUCCAGUUUGACAAUGGCAGAGGAGUGCACACAAGAGCCAUUCAUAAUCUACAGAGAGGGUGUGGCGCAGCACCUACAGUGGACUUCUGUGCCUGCGCUCGAGCGGCAACCAGCCGUCCGUCUAUGUGCUGUAGAUAAGCCAGAUUUACUUUUUCUUCUAACUGCUGACGGAUCACUCUUCAUGGCUUCACAGGCGCUAGAGUCUGCUGAUACAUUGCAAGUUCAGUUGCUCCGAACAAAAAUAGCGGAUGUGGCUUACUGUCGACAUAUGAGUCAGUUGUUUGUGGCUACUACUGAAGGGGAAGUGCAAACGCAAUACUUAAAAAAUACCGACAUCAUAAACUCGGGAUCAGAGACAUGGCAAACUCUUUCCUUUGACCCCCUUGAACUCUCUGAAGAAGGCAUACUCAUUGAGCGUAUAUGCUGUGCUUCCCGAGGUGUAAUCUUUAUGACACGCACAGGGGAGCUGUAUGCAAUGGGUAGUUGCGGAGAGGUAUUUAACGCAGAAGUACAGCCUAAGCACAUGCGUCUCAUCUAUGGCAAUAAGGAAAUACUGGAUCUCGUAGCAGGCGAUGAGUUUUUUGUUUUAUUAUUGCAACGCGCCUAUCCUACACAGGAAGACCCCUUAGAACUGUUCAGCAGCAAGCGUCAACCAAAUCAUGCUUCUACUUCAACACAUUCUCCAUCACCUGCACCAAUGCACCACAGUAACUACUUGGAAGUUGAGAGUACCAGCGCCGAAGAAGCUAGAGACAAAAAACUUGAAGUUAAUUCCAACUCGUCAAUGCGGUCCUACAGCAGCACUAAGUCGAGCCACACCCAGCAGGAAGACAUUGACUAUUGCCUUAGAGAAAUAAUAAAACAAGGUUACGCUUUGGUGCACACUCAAGUGUGUACCUUUGGCGCAGAAAAUGGUGGACUUCUGGGCACUGGCGAUCACAUCAAACGCAACGCAUUAAACUAUUUGCAAAAGUUAGAAGCGCUGGGUGUUUGUAGUGUAGCUGCAGGGCGAGAACACAGUGUUGCUCGAACUCUAGAUGGUAGACUAUUCCACUGGGGUCUUAAUACACAGCAGCAACUCAAUAACCAGAAAGAACUAUCUAAUAUUAGUUCGCCAGCAGAACUGAAAUUGGACAAAGUGGAGCUGGAGAUCACUCAACGAAAUAUUCUCAAUGCCUGCUGCGGCGAUUUUCAAACUGUUCUUUUAAAUGCCCGCGGUGAGGUACAACUAAAGGAGCACCAGCUAUCCAGCUUUGAACAACAUCUACUGACUUUAAAUAUGCGCGAUGCUACAAAUCGAAAAACCAUUCCUUUAGUGCUCGCUUCAGCGACCUAUACUUUGCAGAACCGUCGUAAGUUUCAACGCCAGUUCCACGCUUAUUACACCGGUCUUCAGCAGCAACUUAAGCUGCUACUAAGGUAUCGUCAUGGUAUACAGAUGAUUGAGCUUUUCCAGCAGAAGAGUACUGCAUUAGUGCUGAAGCAGCUGCAACACAUAUGUAACAGCUACCACAAACUUUUGUACCUGAUCGCUUGUACCCUGCGUUCCUUUGAGGACUUCUACCGCUCAGAUUUCACUAAUCCCGCAGAGUUAGUGUUUGUCCAGCACUACCGCGAGUGUAUUGAAUUGUUUACGCAGUACACAAAAGUUUAUUGUGACCUUUACUCGGUCGAUGGCUUCACGGAGGCUUCGAAACUAUAUAACAAUUUGUCUAGCGUACCACUACUGCCUGGUAAACAUGAGCACAACGUUGACUUGGUGCGCAUCUGUCAGCAGCCAUUUCAAGCGUUCCCCCAUUACGUGCAAUUCCUCGAACAACUCAUAAAAAUACGUCCUGAAUUCACAGAACAUCUUUACGCUUGGGAUAGCUUCAGCCGACAGCAACGUAUCGAUUUAGAACUUGCGGAAAACACCUUCGAGUUUUGGCAACGAAAUGAACGCAACUCCAAAAUAAGGCAUUUCCGCCGCAAACAGCGCCGUGUCAUACUCGCCUCAUCAACGGUGCCCCUGAAAUUGGCACACACUACAAUGAGCAUGUCUAGUACCACAUUUAUCUUGUUUUCCGAUUGCUUCUGCCAGGUUGGCAGCCACUUGUAUACCUAUCCUUUGGUUACUCUCUGGCUGAAGAUGGAAAAUGACACCGCUUUGCGCAUAACCACGCCGGAACGCACGUUUACAUUACUUGCGCGAACACAUCACGACAAAAAACUUUGGUUUGAUCAAAUAGAAUCCGCUGUGAAAGCGGCGCUCGGCCGUUCGUCUGACACCAAACUGUCGAGCGUGCGCACAACAGCUCACGUUUUCAGCCGCAACCAUGCCAAGUAUGCCGGAGUACACGCGUGUGGUCGCUGGAGAAACGGGUUAUUGCAUGGAAACUGCUAUCUCGAGUAUCCCGACGGACGCGUCUACUUUGGGCAAAUCCGCAAUGGUGAAAUUGAAGGUUAUGGCAAAAUGGUGAUACCCUCGGUAGGAAUUUAUGAAGGCAAUUUUAAGGGUGGUAAAUUUCAUGGCCAUGGAACCUAUGAGCUGAAAGAGAAUGAGAUUUACGAGGGCCAUUUCUGCGAAGGUCUUUUUCACGGACACGGCAUGCUGCGUAGCAACAGCUACACCUACGUUGGCGAAUAUCAGGCCAAUGCCAAAUGUGGCUAUGGCAUUUUGGACGAUAUGAUAACAGGUGAUAAGUAUAUGGGCAUGUUUGCUGACAAUAAACGCGUGGGUGCUGGAAUUUGCAUUACCAUGAAUGGCGACUACUUCGAAGGCCUGUUUACGAACGAUGAGCUGGCUGGCACCGGCAUAGCUGUUCUGGAGAACGGUUAUUACUAUGAGGGGGAAUUAUCGGUUGAUGGACCAAUCGGGAAAGGUGUGUACUACUUGCCUACCGGUGCGUCUGAGACUGAAGAUGCUGGUAUGAACGAAAAUGAUGAAUUCGAGAACGGUCAAAUGGUAGGCAAUGUUUUGAGCGGCCAAUUAGCUGGCACAUGGCACGAUGUGCGAAUUGUCUCUGGUGCUAUGGCCAUGAAUAGACGUUUCCCCAAAUAUCCGAAAUCUAUCGGGUCAUUUGUUGUGGACAACAGCCGAAAAUGGCGCUCGCUGUUUGAUAAUUUCGAGGAAGAGGUUCUCGGCUCUGCCAGCAAUAACAACAAAAAAACUGACGACAGCGUAAACGCAACAAAUACCCUCUGGAACCGCAUUUCCGUUUACAUGCAUUCGGAGCGGGAACGAGAACGUACGCUAGAGCAACAGGACACGGCAUAUCAAUCAUCGCGCAGUUAUUUUGCCAAGAAUAUAUCACUUGGAUUCUCCAACAGCUUUGACAAGCUCAGCCUCAAGUCUACAAACAGCUUACUCACCACUGCAAAGUCGAGCAUACUUGAUUUGAGUAGCAGUCUGACUGAAUCGCGGCGAUCACAUUCACAAGAGACACUCUACGAUGCAGAUGUAAAUGACUUUGACAACGUUUGGGGCACGCAAAGCUUUACACACUACAAUAGUGACGAACACAACUCGAUUAGUGGUUUGUUCAUCGCGCCCAUCAACAAUUGGUUGACCGAUGCAAAUACCUCCAGUUUACGCUCAUCCUUCGACAGUAUAAUAAAUAUAAGCGAAAGCUUUAAUAACAAUAGCAGUUUCACCUCACAAAACGAACUGGAAAUUGUGCCCAGCUUCGGCAUCACUUCACUGACAGAGCAGGACGUAUCCGCCAUCAAGGACUACCUACAGCAAGUAUUCAAGGAUCGUUAUCAUCCAUUACAUCUGCUAAAUCAGCGCAUAGCGAAUUGCUUCUACACCUCAUAUGGCUGCUGGAAAGUGAAGCCGACACCCAUAUUGGCAAAGCAAGCGAUACGCGAGUGGGAAUCCAUUUCGAAACGCGUAUAUAGAUUUGUGCAAAAAAUGUUUCCCGCAUUGCCCGAUGAUUACUGCUUAAUAGAGAGCACGCGCGAAUUGGUUUCCCACAUCACUCUGCUCUACCCAAUAGUGCUCAGCGAAGGUAUCUAUUCGACAUUGUUUGUGCUGUACGCGAACAAGUGUAGUGGGAAGGACGAAAUGUAUAGACAGAAUCUGAUGUAUGCCAGUAAGCUGAAGGACGACGAGCUGGCCACUUGUCUAGGGCUGGAAAGUUCUUUCCUACCCAUUGUGCGACAUGCCCUCUACGCGGAGGCAAUACAAACUCUGAAACAACUCAAAGAGAAAUACAGCCCGAAAGCGAUGUUAACUGUGAUAGAGCGUUGCAUACAACAAAUUACCGACGCACACAAAACAAUUGCAAGUGCGAACUCUGUGAUAUUGGCCGCCGAUGGCAUGAUGCCACUUACCCUGUUUCUGGUGCUGCGCGCCGCUGUACCCCAUUUAGGUGCUGAAUUAGCGUUGCUGGACGAUUUGACCGGCGGCACUAAUUUCCAAUUCGAAAUGAAUGGCAUUGCAGGUUAUUGCUACACCACACUCAAGGCUGCCUAUGAGCAUAUCACCGCGGUGCCGCUAAAUAAGACGUAAUUUAGUCAACACAACCCCCCGCUCAAAAUCCGCAACAUAUUUUUAGAUUUACUUAUUUAGGCGUAUUGGUUGUUGAGGACCCGAAAAAUGAAGACUCUUAGCAUGCGGAGAUGUAUUCGAAAGUGUAAGAUCUGAACUUAUAAGUUAUUGCCCAAGUAAAGUGUUUUCGGUAAAUUUAUGCAUUGUAUAAAAAAAUGUACCACAAGUAAUGAGUUUAAAAUUGUUUAAUACAAUAUAUAGGAAGUUAAGUUGAAGUUCAAGGCUUUAAAAAGCAGAAAUGCAAAGAUAUAACUAUCGCUUAAUUCAGAUUGAAAAUCGUUUUGUAAUUAACAGUACAUAUAUGUAUCUGUAUUUAUAUUUUAAUUGCUUAAACAUUUGAUAAAAUUUGUUGUUAAUUUAAAAUACUGAAAAUAUUCCCUAAUCUAUUAGUAAUAAAGUAUAAAGUUUUAAAACACUUAGGUUAAGUAAAUACUAACAUUCCACUUAUUUAAAGGGAAAAAUAUGUAAGAUACGCAUUAGAUCGAUCUGAAUUGUAAAGGACGAAGCAAUGCAAUGUAAUGUAAAAUUAUGUAAAAUUAUCACAAUACAAUAAAAGAGAUCUGUUAUCAAAAAUAUGCGUUGGUCGAAAUAAUCUAAGAUAAGAACAGCGACCAAUUGCCCUCGUCCAUAUUUUGUAUGGGGUGAAAAGUAUUAUACUGAGGACAGGGUAUACAAAAUUAUAUCCGCUCAAAUACUGCCGCUCUUGCGUCCACGGGUUACGACAGAAUUAGAGGGAGCUGACUUGGACUUGUCAUACGAAUGGGCCAAACACUCCAGCCAAGACUUUUUACUGUUCCUAUGGGGUUUGUAGGAGCGUGUGUCUUGUGAAAAUUUUAAGAAUCGGAAGUUGUAAAUUGGAACUGUA